GGGAAGUGUAGGUAGGUAAUUCGCAAGAUGUAAGCCUGUGUGGUAAGUCUUGCAGGAGAUGAGUACUAGGUUUCGCCAAUGCAGGACCGAGGGUAGAAGGUGAAGCUAUGCAAAUGCGAAUUGGAUACGUCCUGUUGCUCGAAAUAUGAUGAGUAUGCAACUCUUUUCCAAGUGGUCCCUUUGUGUUCGUUCCCCCGAGUCACACUGGUGUUGAUUCUACUCCCUGUCCAAUUUCUGUUUCCUUCGCUCUUGGUCUUCCCCGUACAGUGCCUUGCCAGAAGUGCGUGUAUACUCAUUCACCGCUUUAUGUCACGGUGUAUCGUGGAGCCGUUCGAUGGAGCUGAAUAGCGGCGGAGCCUCGAAAAGUCUUACCGGCGGCGGCAAAACGAAUUUGCGAGUCUCCUGUUCGGGCAACUCUUGGCAAGUCGCGAGGGCGCCGAAAAGUGUGGAAAACUUCUUCAAAAUUACUACACGACUUUACGAAUUACGUCCUGGUGUCAGAUCUCGGUUAGCUUGCGUGGUUGGUGACCUAUUCGCGAGAAAGGUCGAAGACGCCGGGAAGCUCGAAAUUCUUCUUUCGCGGCGACGGGAAAACAAAAUGGCGAGUCUCCUCUUUUGGCAACUCUUGGCAAGCCGUGAGUGCGACGGAAAGUGUGGAAACUCCAUCAAAAAUACUACCCGGCUGUGCGAAUCACGUCCUGGUGUCGAAUUCGCGCCAGUUUGCGUGGUUGUUGCGCUACGAAGUGAAAAGGCUCAAACGGCGGGCGGCUCCAAAAUCCUCUUUCCGGGCGACGGCAGAACAAAAUCGCGAGGCUCCCUUUCUGGCAACUCUUGGCAGGCCGCGAGGCCGUCAAAAAGUGUGGAUUCUUCAAAAAUACUACUAGACCGUGCGAAUCACGUCUCGGUGUCAAAAUCGUGCUAGCUUGCGUGGUUGUGGAGCUAUCUGUGAAAAGGCUGAAUAUCGGCGUGAGGGCCAAAACUCCUCAUUCUCGGGGGACGGCGAAACAAAUUCGCGAUUCUCCCUUUCUGGCAACUCUUGGCAGCCGUGACGAGUUCGAAAAGUGUGGA